AUGUCAUGGCUCAAAUUUGUCUCUAAUAAAUAUGACAUCGUUCCGGAAACGGAGAAAAUUUCCACUUGCCAAUUGGAAGUUGUCCUACAGUACAAUGAUGAGCACAUCCUGUUGUGCUCUCCGAGGGAUAAAGAGGAGCUGUUUGCGCCUCUUCGUAUUCUGAGUUACGAUAUCGAAACACACGUUCCGGCUGAUGGCACCUUCCCAAGUGCUACGAAGGAUCCUGUUCUCCAAAUAGGAAACAUGGUCACCACCCACGGGUCGCAUGAACCCACUAUACGAGCCAUAUUCACCCUUGGGACAUGCUCUCCUAUCAAUGGGGCAGAAGUGCGAUCCUUCAAAACAGAGGCAGAAAUGUUGCUUGCUUGGAGCCAAUUUGUGAACGAGGUGGAUCCAGAUAUUAUCACUGGAUAUAACAUCACGAAAUUCGACACACCAUACCUUCUAAACCGUGCUACAGCGUUGUCUCUGCCCAAAUUUGCGCACCUUGGGAGAGUUAAAUCGUGGCGUCAGACUCUGCCUUACCCAUUUAUGAAAGUCGAGGAGUUUUCUCAGUGUCCGGGCUACAACGGGCGCUUACUUCUCGACGUCUUCCAACAUAUCCGCGAAGGCAAUUACUCUGACUUCCAGGGGCCCGGAAAGUCAAAAUUAAAUUAUGUUGCACAAGUGGCACUUUGGGACCAAAAAGAAGAUCUCCCCUACAAACAAAUUCCAAUUCUGCAGGCAGGCACUGCUAAUGAUAGACGAACACUCGCUGUAGAAUCGACCAAGGCUAAGGAGGCUCAUGUCUCUUUGAAUUCCAAGCGCAAGAAGCCAUUCCUGAAAGAUCUUUCGAGAGAUUGUCGCAAGGCCCUCAGAGAGGAUUAUAUCAUCCCAGACUCGAAGCUAAGUUCAUUGCUGGACCAAAGAUGA